AUGUCUUGUCUAGGGAACCCAGUGCUGCCUCUGCUGCUGCCUCUGCUGCUGCCUCUGCUGCUGCCUCUGGUGCUGCCUCUGGUGCUGCCUCUGCUGCUGCCUCUGGUGCUGCCUCUGGUGCUGCCUCUGGUGCUGCCUCUGGUGCUGCCUCUGGUGCUGCCUCUGGUGCUGCCUCUGGUGCUGCCUCUGCUGCUGCCUCUGGUGCUGCCUCUGCUGCUGCCUCUGCUGCUGCCUCUGGUGCUGCCUCUGGUGCUGCCUCUGGUGCUGCCUCUGGUGCUGCCUCUGGUGCUGCCUCUGGUGCUGCCUCUGGUGCUGCCUCUGGUGCUGGCUGUGGUGCUGCCUCUGCUGCUGCCUCUGGUGCUGCCUCUGGUGCUGCCUCUGGUGCUGCCUCUGCUGCUGCCUCUGCUGCUGCCUCUGGUGCUGCCUCUGGUGCUGCCUCUGGUGCUGCCUCUGGUGCUGCCUCUGCUGCUGCCUCUGCUGCUGCCUCUGGUGCUGCCUCUGCUGCUGCCUCUGGUGCUGCCUCUGGUGCUGCCUCUGGUGCUGCCUCUGGUGCUCCCUCUGGUGCUGGCUGUGGUGCUGGCUGUGGUGCUGCCUCUGGUGCUGGCUGUGGUGCUGGCUGUGGUGCUGCCUCUGGUGCUGCCUCUGGUGCUGCCUCUGCUGCUGCCUCUGGUGCUGCCUCUGCUGCUGCCUCUGGUGCUGCCUCUGGUGCUGCCUCUGGUGCUGCCUCUGGUGCUGCCUCUGGUGCUGCCUCUGCUGCUGCCUCUGGUGCUGCCUCUGGUGCUGCCUCUGCUGCUGCCUCUGGUGCUGCCUCUGGUGCUGCCUCUGGUGCUGGCUGUGGUGCUGCCUCUGCUGCUGCCUCUGGUGCUGCCUCUGGUGCUGGCUGUGGUGCUGCCUCUGCUGCUGCCUCUGGUGCUGCCUCUGGUGCUGCCUCUGCUGCUGCCUCUGGUGCUGCCUCUGGUGCUGGCUGUGGUGCUGCCUCUGCUGCUGCCUCUGGUGCUGCCUCUGGUGCUGCCUCUGGUGCUGCCUCUGGUGCUGCCUCUGGUGCUGCCUCUGCUGCUGCCUCUGCUGCUGCCUCUGGUGCUGCCUCUGGUGCUGGCUGUGGUGCUGCCUCUGGUGCUGCCUCUGGUGCUGCCUCUGCUGCUGCCUCUGGUGCUGCCUCUGCUGCUGCCUCUGGUGCUGCCUCUGGUGCUGGCUGUGGUGCUGCCUCUGCUGCUGCCUCUGGUGCUGCCUCUGGUGCUGCCUCUGGUGCUGGCUGUGGUGCUGCCUCUGCUGCUGCCUCUGGUGCUGCCUCUGGUGCUGGCUGUGGUGCUGCCUCUGGUGCUGGCUGUGGUGCUGCCUCUGGUGCUGCCUCUGGUGCUGCCUCUGGUGCUGCCUCUGGUGCUGCCUCUGGUGCUGCCUCUGGUGCUGCCUCUGGUGCUGGCUGUGGUGCUGCCUCUGGUGCUGGCUGUGGUGCUGGCUGUGGUGCUGCCUCUGGUGCUGCCUCUGGUGCUGCCUCUGCUGCUGCCUCUGGUGCUGCCUCUGGUGCUGCCUCUGGUGCUGCCUCUGCUGCUGCCUCUGCUGCUGCCUCUGCUGCUGCCUCUGCUGCUGCCUCUGGUGCUGCCUCUGCUGCUGCCUCUGGUGCUGCCUCUGCUGCUGCCUCUGCUGCUGCCUCUGGUGCUGCCUCUGGUGCUGCCUCUGGUGCUGCCUCUGGAGGAAUGA